AUGUCAGACACAAUCGCGAUCAAGACGACAUAUACGGCCGCUAUCUAUAUGAUAAACACAGCCUCGACCAAGUUGACAGAUACAGCCCCGACCAAGAUGAUAGCCACAGUCCCGACCAAGAUGAUAGCCACAGUCCCGACCAAGAUGAUAGCCACAGUCCCGACCAAGAUGAUAGCCACAGUCCCGACCAAGAUGAUAGCCACAGUCCCGACCAAGAUGAUAGCCACAGUCCCGACCAUGAUGAUAGCCACAGUCCCGACCAAGAUGAUAGCCACAGUCCCGACCAAGAUGAUAGCCACAGCACCGAGCAAGAUGAUAGCCACAGCACCGACCAAGAUGAUAGCCACAGUCCCGACCAAGAUGAUAGCCACAGUCCCGACCAAGAUGAUAGCCACAGUCCCGACCAAGAUGAUAGCCACAGCACCGAGCAAGAUGAUAGCCACAGUCCCGACCAAGAUGAUAGCCACAGUCCCGACCAAGAUGAUAGCCACAGCAACGAGCAAGAUGAUAGCCACAGUCCCGACCAAGAUGAUAGCCACAGCACCGAGCAAGAUGAUAGCCACAUCCCCGACCAAGAUGAUAGCCACAGUCCCGACCAAGAUGAUAGCCACAGUCCCGACCAAGAUGAUAGCCACAGUCCCGACCAAGAUGAUAGCCACAGCCCCGACCAAGAUGAUAGCCACAGUCCCGACCAAGAUGAUAGCCACAGUCCCGACCAAGAUGAUAGCCACAGCACCGAGCAAGAUGACAGACACAUCCCAGAUCAAGAUGACAGACACAUCCCAGAUCAAGAUGAUAGACACCCACAAUAACGAUGACACACACAGCAGCCCCAAUAAAGAGGACAGACAGCCCCAAUCAGGAUGGCAGGUUUAG